GUUAACCAUGAUGACAGGACCAAAAAAGAAACACUUUUGGAGUGUUUAAACCUUCUUUUUGCUUCUUUUCAGACAAUAUUCUUGGUGAAACUACAGUGUAUAAAUGAUUCUUGAGAAGUGCUCAGUUGCUUGGAAACCCAUGGCAACACUGUCCACGGCACACCAGCAGGCCUCCAAGCCGAGGGUGUUCUUUAUCAGCUCAGUGAAAGGCGCCACCUCUUAAAAAGACUUUAUUUAACUGAGACUAAAAGCACUGAAAGAAACUGGCACUAAAACAAGGCUGUUUGUCCCCAAAUACAAAAGUAACACUUGCGGAAUUUUCCAUUCCCAUUCAACAAAUCCACAUUUGCAUUCACUAAUUAAGGGACACACUGUGAUUAUUUUACACAGAUUAUUAUAGUCGUUAUUCGUAUUUCAGAAUGUUGUCCAAACCUACGAUCUGCAGUUGGUUAUGUGAGGAUUGCAGGAUAUUGUGAAACAUUAAAUGUCAGAUCCUUCUUCUGCACAGUCGUGUAAUUCGGAGACUCAGAAGUGCUCUUAAAUUAUGUCCCCAGCUCUGCUGCUCGAUUACACCUAGGUUUUCCUUUGGCUUUUUUUGUUACUGGUUAGCAAGAAGUGUAGAUGAGUGCUGCUGACUCCUUUUCUGUAGUACAGUAAGACUCUUAGUGUAAAGUCUUGUUGAUUUACUAAUGCUUUUACUUUUACUGUAAAUCCUCUCCAUUAUCACUGUUCCCACGUUGAACUGAAGGUGCUACGUUGCCAGGAGAUGGAAUUGCUGAUUGGUGAGAGUAUGAGACAAGAGUCCUCCCCCACAUCCUCAUCUCAUAUCCUCACUCUGUGUGAGUUGAAGAGGUGGUGAGGAUAAGUACUUGCCCACCUCCCUUGUUCUCUCUGUGUAAACUAGCCUCGGCCUCGCUGCUGUAGUCCUGCAUUCAGGCCUGACCACAUGACUGAGGACAACUGAGAAAGGAUCUGUACAGAGGGGUUAGUUCUGAGGGGAUUCGAGAUGCAAGACAACUUAGACAGGAUUUUAUUCUAUGCUACAUCCUCCUUGACAUGUGAACACUGAAAAUCUCAUGGUUAUCUAAGUGAAGAAGUAAUUAGCUGGAAGAGGUCUGAAAUGAAGAAGCAAAAAGCAAAGGAUAUCGGGACAACCGGCAGAUCCUCUGUGUGGAUUAUGGGCACUACUGCUAGUGCAGGGUCUCAGCCUGCAUCAGUGACUUCUACACAUCUAAUUGAUCAGCAAGCUGGUGACAUAGCAGAAGACAAGCGCUCUGUGAGCACCAGCUCUUUGCAGACUCUGAACAUUCCCAACAGCAAGGCCAAGUCCAUUAUUACAAACAAGGUGGCCCCCGUUGUUAUCACGUAUAACUGUCGGGAAGAGUUUCAAAUUCAUGAUAGUAUCCUCUCAGCUAACUACUCUGUAGGAAAAAUAUCUGAUACACUGCCCGAACAUUACCUAGUGCUGGGAGAGUUUUUUAUGGUGCAGGAUGUGAAUAGUAGAGCAGAUGUCUUAAACACUACAGGAAGCUACGGGGCCCCUAACUUCCGGAAAGCAAAGGAAAACUACCCUCUGUUUGGAAUGGGCCAGGCCAGCCUGAACGGCUUCAAACAGCUCCUCCAGAGGCUAGAGAGUGAAGCUUAUGAGGAAGUGAUAUUCUUCUGUGUGCGGGAAGAACCUGUUGUUUUCCUGCAUGUGGAUCAAGACUUUAUUCCGUACACUCCCAGGAGGAAAGAAAACCUCAAUGAAAACCUUAAUGACCUGAGAUUUUUGGCCAGAGCAGAGCAGCUAGAGCUCUCUAUCAGAAAAGAGUUGUGUGACUUUGCUAAACUCGGUGAGAACAUCUUCUAUGUUUACAAUGACACUGAAAGCUUCAAAGAUGAGCCACAACAUGUCAAGAUUAUGUCUGAGGAGGAUAUACAUGUAACCGAGGAGGUUUACAAAAGACCACAGUUCAGUUUGUCUUCUUACAGAUAUUACAGACUUCCAUUACCUACAGAGGGAGCACCACUGGAGGAGGAUUUUGAUGCUUUUGUAAAUGUGCUUAGGAAAUGCCCUAGCUUAUCAAUAUUGCGUGAUAGCUCCAGGCCUCUGCCUGCACUGCUGUUCAGCUGCCAGGUGGGAGCAGGGCGAACCAACCUCGGCCUUAUCCUUGGAGCACUAGUCUUUCAUCAUCUACACGAGACAGAAAAUAACACCAGGGAAGAGGACGCACCCGUCAAACAGCAGCCAGAGUUUCAAGUCAUUCAGAAUCUGAUCAGUUGUCUCCCCAACGGUCAACAAGUGCUUGAUGAGGUCAACAGAGCUAUUGAAAUGUGUUCAGAAAUGCACAAUGUCAAAGAUGCAAUAUAUGAAAAUAAAAGAAAAAUGGAAGCAGUUUUUGAGGAUUACCAGAUAAAAGGAAGCAGUACAAAGGCAUAUUUCUUGCAAAGGACCCUGCAGAGUCUUGAGUCUUAUUUCUAUUUAAUAGUGUUUAAUGCAUAUCUUCAUGAUCAGUAUCCUCAGAUGUUUGCCCAGAGUUUCAGUCAGUGGCUUUGUGUGAAUGCAUGGAUCUACAGGCUCCUUGGUAAUAUGAACCAUUCAGAGCUCUUAGCACCAGCCAGCCUAGUCACUGAUGGAACCAGGAUACUGGUGGCCAGUGAGUUUUUGGCACCAGAUGUACUUGGUACAGCCAAGGAAAUGAGGGUGGCCAACUUCAGACGAGUUCUUAAGACAUCUGUGUAUGGUAUGGCCCAGCCAAACUCUGAGGGUGUUUCUGUUGUGUUAUCUUACCUCACGGAUGAGCGACGGAAGCAUUCCAGCAUUGUAUGGGUGAAUCUGCAAGAGGAACUGAUUCUGGAAGGUAAUGGGCAGAUGUUCACCACUCGAGAACCAAGCAGUCUGGAGCAACCAAUCCAAGUGUGUGUGCAGAACUCACAACAACAUGAGAUGCUGGAGCUGGCACUAAAGGAGGAAAUUCUCAGGUCUGAGAAGUGGCUUGAGGUAGUGAUUGAACAGGAGAAGCAGAUGAGAAUGCUGAAAAGCUGUCAUACUGUCCAGGAUGUCUUUGCCAACCAAAAGAGCUUUCACCCAGGCCUCACGUAUCAGCGUAUCCCUCUUACUGAUUGUUCUGCUCCGAACGAGGAGUUUUUUGACCGGCUAUUAGAGACCAUGAAGAGCAGUCUUGAUCAGGAUCCUAGCUCAGCUUUUAUCUUCAACUGCAGUGAUGGGAAAGAGCGAACCACCACUGCUAUGGUCAUCGCAACACUUACUCUCUGGCACUUCAAUGGCUUUCCUGACUGCGUGGAUGAAGAAAUUGUAAGUGUCCCUGAUGCAAAGUACACAAAAGGAGAGUUUGAGGUGGUGAUGCAGGUGGUCAGACUGCUACCAGAUGGUCACCGUAUGAAAAGAGAGGUGGACAUGGCACUAGACGCUGUCAGUGAGACAAUGACUCCAAUGCAUUACCACUUACGGGAGAUCAUUAUAUGUUCAUAUAAACAGAUCAAAACAGCAAAAUCAGAAACUGAACUGCAGCAGUUACGUCUGAGAAGCCUGCAGUACCUGGAGCGCUAUAUUUAUCUCAUCUUAUUCAACAGCUACCUCCACCUGGAGAAGAAAGACUCCUGGAGACGACCAUUCAGCCUGUGGAUGUACCAGGUGGCAGCACGAGCUGGCAUCUAUGACAUCCUCAACCAGCUGGGCUUUCUUGAGUUUGAAGCACCUAAGACUUGUCCACUGGCCAGACUACGCUACCGCUGGAGACAAUACAACGCUUAUUCACUGCCCAUCCGUGGAGAGCUCGUCUAACAAAAUGCUAGUUUUUUUUUACAGACUGGUUAACUAUUCGGGACACUAUUUUAGGUUUGAUGAGCAGUGGUUCAGUCAGGUUAUUUGAGCAAGACCCUUAACCCCCUAACUGCUUGGCUCAAACGUCGCUUUGAAUGAAAUUGCCUGUAAAAAUGAAUAAAUGUAAAUCAUGUUUCUCAACAAAACAAUGAUUAUUCCUUGAUGUAUGAAAAGGAAUUAAAAUUCUGAGGUUGUGUAAAUUCCAUUGUGGUGUCAUGUUAAGCCAACACACCUUAUGAUGGCAGACCUGGAGGCAGCUGGAUUACAACAGGUUGUACGCCUAUCAAAAACAGAAAUCUGAAGCUACAGUACGCUCAGGCUCUGGAUAGUUGAAGAUUGGAAAAGGACACGCUGAUGUUCAAUCUCCAACUGUCCAUUUUCUUUCAAACUCAAGAGAUGUUUGUGCGUCAAAAUCCCAAGAGAUCAGUAAUCCCAGAAAUGACCAUGGCACCAACCUCCAUGCCAUGUUCAAAGCUACUGUGAUCACAUUUUCCCAUAUUCUGUUGUAAACAUUAUCUGAAACUCUUCACAUGUAUCUCCAUGACUUUAUCCUUUGCACUGCAGCCAAAUGAUUGGGUGUCUGAAUGAUUACCCUGUUGCCAUGAAUAUAGCCACUGCUGCUGAUAUGGCAUUAAACAACAUAUAAAUAAAUGAAAUGAAUAAUUACACAA